AUGGUGAGGUCCGCGACCGGUCGUGAACUCACGGACGACGAACGAACGGCAUUGUACCAUCGUCUUCUACAGCUCAAGAAGAACGGCCGCGUCAGUUCCGGGGACAUUAAGGAGCUCAUGCGCACGUUCCAUGUCUCGCAACAAACCAUAUCCCACAUUUUGCUCCGAGGAUGCCAGACGGCUGCUGAGACGGGAUGCGCCAAGGUUGCGUCAAGGAAGAAAGGUCGCUGUGUAAGUACGAUGGUGACAGCGUACGAGACGUCGUCACAAGUGUGCCGUCGUACCGACGAUCAAACUUCCGUUCAUUGGCUGCUGCAACCGGGGGAUACCCAAGACUUCGCUGUGGAAUCUCAUGCAGGCCAACAAGCUUCGCCGCCGUACGAGCCGUGUGAAGCCCAUGUUGUCCGUCAAGCAAAACUCCGAUCGCUUCAAAUUCGUUAA